UCGUGUCAGCUGCGGUCGUGUUAGAGCUAUCGUAUGAUUUUUCCUGAAAAUUUUGUGGUUUCUGUACCCGGCACUUACUUUUCGAUUAUUUCAACCAACAUACGGGUUGACUAGUGGUACGAUCCAGUGGUAAAUCUGCAGUUCAGUAUGUGCCAAUGGCUAAAUUCAGCGGAGUGUUCGAUGUGAAGGAGCCACCACCAUGGCAAAAUUGCUGCUACUGUAGCGCUUCUUCGUCAUCAUUGUCUACCUCUUCCUCGGUUGCGAUAUCGGGACUUCAUCAGCAACAGCAACAUCAGCAGCAGCAGAACCAUAUACUGCUUGCCUUCAAAACACCAGUCGAUUUCGCGAGACACUUGCGACAGUACCAUUGCACCGUGGAGGGAGGUUCGUUCGUGUGUCGUUAUGGCUACAACGGGGUCUGUUCUUCGUUACCUCUGGAUGGCGUCAGCGAUAGAGACUAUGAGAUGCAUGUUAAUCGCUGCCACGUAAAUCAACAACAGAAGGAGGCCCAGAUUAAAUGGUCGGUGUUUUCGGCGGCACAGAAUCUUCCGGCAGUGCUGAACGAUCCUAGUCGGGGCAAGCAGACACAUUUCUUUACGAAAAAAUGGGGUGACGCCUUUGUCGAGCAGCAGGCUAUCGGGACGUCUCCGCAGCUACCGGACAUAAAGUGGGAUCAUUUUGAUUUUUACCUGAAACGAAUCGGAAAAAGAUAUCGCAUUCAUACGCGUAUAGCAAAAACCGCACUACCGAGUGGUUCUAGUCCUAACCAACAGCAGCCAGUAGUAAGUGAUCGUUUACCGAGUGGUGGAGUCGCCAAUUUAAAUGACAUUCCGGAAAUAUUCCUGAAACACAACUUAGAACUGCACAUUCCGGCAUCGUUUACGGCCGUUUUUCCCGGAAUCGAAUACGCGGGGGAACAAGCGAAACAGUCGAGUAGAAUGCUACAGGAAAAACUAAGCAAUUACUUGGAUAUAGUUGAAGUGCUGAUUGCAAAACAGGUUGCGGAAAAGUCGUCGGCCUUCUUUCAUGCAAUGACUUCGCAGGACGCCAUAAUGGAACAGAUGCGCGAAGCGGUAAUGCAUGUGGCACGGUUGCGAUCGAGGCUUGAGCAAAUUGACAACAUGAUCGUGCGCGAAUCUCUGCAGAUCAUUAGCCUAGAGCGGACCCGUUCGAACAAAACGAUUGUCCUGGACCGGUUGAAGUUGAUGUCGACGGUGCACCAGACGCAGCCUAUGAUUCAACUGUUGCUCAGCACGCAGGAUUAUGUGGCCGCUCUGGAUCUGAUCGGGACGACACAGGAAAUUCUAAGUCAGGAAUUGAUUGGACUGAAUUGCUUUCGUCAUUUACCGUCUCAGUUGAACGAGAUGGAACGUUUGAUUGACAAAAUGCUAACGGCAGAUUUUGAACGGUAUUCGACGGCGGAUCUGAAUCGACCUUUGCGUACCGCCGCCGAGCAUGCGCCGGAACGUGUGCUAGAGGAAGAAAAGCUUAUCUGUAUAAUCUCGGGUUUAUUGAGGAAGCGAAGUUUGGACUUUGUUGAUACGUACAAGGAAGAGGCGAUCACCACUGUUCGAGCAAUCGUGAAACAAAUGCUUAUUGAGGUACUAGCCUCGGGAGAUGCGGAGGUAUGUUUGACCGGAUCCGGUGAGGAAGCGCAAAGUUUAACCUUUUCUGAUUGGAUUGCACUGCUGGAAACGGCAACGGGAACGUUGGUUAGACUGCUCCAGCGAGUUCGUGCUGUGCACGACGUGAUGCAGCAGACAGCCGAUGCCAGUGCCGGGAAAAUAACCGAAGAUGUCAGUUUUAUCGACACCGAAGCGUUCCUGAGCGUGGAGGAUCAUCAAGUUGUGCGAGCGAAGUUGACGAAUUUGCUGCACUCGGUGUGUAACUAUUGUCACGAAAGGUGUGCCAAUCUAGUGUCCAAUCAAAGUUUGGAGAAAAGUUCGCCCACAGCAGAUGAGAUUGCGAAAUUUGUAGAACUUGUGACAGGUUUUUGUGAGCGAAGUGAACACCUCUGUGGAAUACAAAGUCCAUCGUUGAGGCUAGCUCUGCGGGUGCAUAGUACACGAUAUGCCGUAAAGUUCCAUUCGGAACGGAAGUCCAAGUUAUCGCUCCUCUUGGAUAGUGAACGAUGGAAACAAGCUGAAGUUCCGUACGAAUUCCAGAAAAUGAUCGAAAGUAUUGCUAAAGAAGACUUCCUGUGGACAAAAAAUGUCGAUUCUAAUGGCGUCUCGAUUCCCUCUCCGGGUCCACAACCGUUUUUACUGGUCGAGGGUCAACCUUACGCGGUGGUUGGUGCCGCUUUACUGCUCGUUCAGAUAAUCGGAGAAUAUUGUCGCUGUGCUUCUCAACUACCGAUCAUUGCAUCGUCGCUGGCUCGAAAUGUGAUCGACCUGCUGCGAACAUUCAAUUCGCGCUCAUGCCAACUAGUCUUGGGAGCUGGUGCGCUUCACGUUGCCGGUCUCAAAAUCAUUACCAGCGGUAAUCUGGCUCUAGUAUCCCGUGCGCUUCAACUAGUCCUGUGGCUUUUGCCGCGCGUAAAACGUCACUUCCAAACGCUUGAAUCGAAUGGUUCCAACAGCAUCCUUAACGGGUAUGAGGCAAUCGAGCGUGACUUUACGUCCCACGUGAAAGAGCUGGAAAACAAAGUGCUGACGAUCGUUUGUGAUGUCGUGAACGGACAGCUAGGUAACUGGGAUGCCCGUCCGCCCGUUCCCUCGCAGCCAUUUCGCAACAUUAGCCGGCAGUUUAUCAAACUGCACGAAGUGAUAGCACCGGUCCUGCCCGACAAACAGGUCGCUGCCAUCUAUCGAGUGGUGCACAAAAACUUCAAAGAUAAACUACGGGAACAACUACUACGGAACAACAUCACAAACAAUGGUGGACCGCAGCACGGGACGGUCGUGUCGGAGCUGACAUUCUACAUGGAAACGCUGCGUACGCUCAAAGCACUGCCGGACGAUGAGCUGUGCGAUGAAACGUUGGAUGAUAUUUGGCUGAAGUAGUGCGAUUCGUGCGAGUCUUAGGCUAAGCCUUACUGUAAGUAGCUUCUUCACGAUUUCGUCGUUUUUGUGCAAGUACCUAGUAGGUAGUAAAGAUAACUAUAUAUUUUUUAUGAUACUGAAAAUAUCUGUUGUGUUGAAGCGUGUACCAGAGAAACCAGAUCUUGUGUAAACUGUUUAUUUUUGUUUUAGAUUCGAUUGCUUGUUUCAUUAUGUGAUUCAUAUUUUAAAAUCAUUCAGUACAUUCCUUGUUAUUCGAGAAGAGAGUGGGUCAUUUCUUCAAAAGUGAUUCCGCCGAAUGGGUUUUUUUCGCGGAAUGGUUUUCUUUUGCGGAAUGGUUUUUUUUAUUGUUGAAAGUUGUUUUGUCAGGAUAUACGUUAUUUUGUGUAAGUUUAUUUGUCUUGAAUUCGUUAGGUAUAUUUUUUUUAUGUAACGUCAUUUGGUAUAAAGGAGCCUCACUCUAAUCCAUGGUGUUAAUACAUGAGAUAAUCAAUUAAACUGAGAUAGGCCAAAUGAAACAAGCAUGUCACUUUAUUUUAUGUCAAACGAAAGUUAUAGCAAAAAAACUUAUGCCAAAUAACGUACAUCCUUUUUUUCCGAACGGUUCAUUUCUUCACAAUACUUCGUUACGUUUCACAGAACUCAAAAUUUAAAAAAGCAUUCGGGAGUUAGAAGUUUUAAUAAAUCAUAUAUGUUGUUGUUUCUGUAUCAUUGUAAUUUAUCAGUUUUGUAAAAAAUGGCAAAGGAGAGAGAAUUUUUUUUCAUUUUUUUUUAAAAUAACUAUUUGAAUAUGAGUUAAAAUUAAAUUAUUAAGAUUUAAAUUGGAUGUUCAGCCACAAGUGGUGACUUUUCAGCCCUAUUAUAUAUAUGAUUUGGUUGUUACCAUGAGGACAUCAUUCGCUUCCGCAAUUCUGAGAUUUUUGUGUAGGGAAAAUUCUAAACCUACUUGUAUUGUGUAAUGGGGAAAAGGAACUUAUAUACUAUUUUACUAACUAAUGCAGAGAGCGAAUCGAUUCAAUUGAAGAUUGCAUCGAUUUUUGUCGGAAUUACAUCUAAUUAUUCUAUAUUUGUGAGUCUGUGUAACUCAUUUGUACUAAACCAGGGAGGACGCUUCAAAAUCAUUUUCAGAAUUUUAUUCUGAAUCCUUUGAAUCGCUUUCUUCCUGAUGGAACAACAACUUGAUCAAAUUGGUACUGCAUAACGCAUGGCUGGUCUGAAAAUUUGUUUAUAAAUUAACAAUUUGUUUUUAGACAGAGCUUAGAAUUUCUGUUUAUAAGAGGAUAUAAGCAUUUAAUAUACAGGAUCCGCCAUGUAAAUUUUUUUUAAACAUGCAAUAAAACACAAACGAUUGAUCCGAUUUCAAAAUUAUUUUUUUCAUAUUAAAAUACAAUCCUUCCGGUUAAUUGUGGAAUAUAAUUUCAUUCAAAUGGCUGCCUCGGCUGGCCUUGCAGUACGCCAUACGGUCGGUCCAGUUUUUUAGUACAUUUUCGAUUGUAUGCAGCUUUAUUUCAGCUAUGGCUGCACGAAUGUUGUCCUUCAAGGCUUGAAUUGUCUCUAGCUUGUCCACAUAACACUUAUCUUUGACAGCCCUUCAAAGAUAAUAGUCUAACGGCGUCAAAUCACAGCUCCGAGGCGGCCAAACUACAUCCGAAUUUCGACUGAUAAUUCGUUCUUCGAAGACUGUGCGCAGAAGAUCGAUCGUAGCGUUGGCUGUGUGGCACGGAGCGCCGUCUUGUUGGAACCAAAUGGUGUUCAAGUCUUCCUCUUCAAGUAGCGGGAAGAACCAAUCGCUAAUCAUGGCGCGGUAGCGCUCGCCAUUUACCGUAACGGUGGCUCCUGCCUCAUUAUCGAAAAAAAAUGGCCCAAUGAUGCCGCCAGACCAAAAUCCGCACCAAACCGUCACUCUCUGAGGAUGCAUCGGCUUCUCCAUGAUAACGUGCGGGUACCCAUCCGUCUCUCAGAUGCGCCGAGAUGAAAUGUGCCUCAUCCGAGAAGAUGAUUUUUUGGUAAAAAUCGGCGUCUUCUUCAAGCUGAUCCCAGUUCUCACUAUUUUCACGCGUUCCUCAAGCGUAAACACAACCAUUUGCGUUCAGCGGAAGGAUAUAACUAAUGGCGUUUUCGUUUUAAUUUGCACUGCAUUUUAAUUUGCACUGCAAUUAACGAUUCCAUUGCACAGAGCUACACCAAACUUUUGAUGAGUGCUACACCAGUGGUAUCGGUGCAGAAAAAGUGUAGCACUGGUGUAGUGCAAUUGGUAAAAACGAACGGUUUAGGUUCAGAUUUCGAUACACCGGUGUAGUGCAAUUUAAAAACGAAACGACAUAAGUUUCUGUCAAAUCAGAAGUGACAUUAAGGUUACCAAUGACGAAAUAACCGCUAGUUAAAAAAAAGUUAGAUGGCGGACCCUGUAUUUAUUACACUUUGCCUGGAUUCCUUCAAUGUGAUUCUUGAGAGUGAGUUUUUUGUCAUAUGUUAAACCAAAGACAUCAUACUAACAAGAUAUCCAGCUCUCACAUUUCCCGAACAAAUCAUAGGCAACAUCCAUUUUUGCGAGCAUGUCGCCCUCAGGUGAGUCCGCAUCGAAUCUCCUACAUAGAAGUAGAGGAGAGAAAUGUCAAAUUCGUGCGCGCCAAAAUAGCAGGCCAUACAAUUGACAUGAUAUGCUGAAUGUGAUGCUCUUGGCUUAUGAGGAAAGAUAAUUAAUUGCGGGCCGGCGAACGACCGCAACUUGGUUAAAGCCGGGUAUAAAUAAACGAUAUAAAAAAAUGCGGUUUUGCAGCAUUUUGUUUAAUUUUAUAUUUUGACAGAUAAUCACUGAAAAUAUUUAAACUUCUUUGUAGGCGACUGUAGAUCACUCUUAGAUUUCUACCUGUGGCUAACAAACUUGUGUCGUCACAGAAUAGCGAUUUCUGACAACCAACGGGUAGAUUUGGAAGAUCAGAAGUGAAAAUAUUAUACAAGAUUGGAGCUACGCUCGAACCCUGCGGAACACCGGCUCGUACGGGUAGCAAUUCAGAUUUACAAUUCUGAUAGCUAACCUGAAGAGUACGAUCAGUUAAAUAAUUUUGAAUCAUUUUGAUCAAAUGAAUAGGAAACUGGAAAUCAGACAUUUUUGCUAUUAAACCUUUGUGCCAAAAACCUGAAUAGUACGAUCAGUUAAAUAAUUUUGAAUCAUUUUGAUCAAAUGAAUAGGAAACUGGAAAUCAGACAUUUUUGCUAUUAAACCUUUGUGCCAAAAACUGUCGAAUGCCUUUUCUAUGUCUAGAAGAGCAAUUCCAGUGGAUAACCCAGAAGAUUUAAUUGCUUUUAUCAUGUUCGUUACUCUGACAAGUUGAUGAGUAGUUGAAUGUUCAUGACGAAAUCCAAACUGCUCUGGUAAAAAAAUUGAAUUCUCAUUCAUACGAGACAUCAUUCUCAACAAGAUAAUUUUUUUCAAAAAGUUUACUGAUAGAAGAAAGUAAGCUAAUUGGUCGAUAACUUGAUGUUUCUGCUGGAUUUUUAUCACGUUUGAGGAUAGAAAUUACUUUAGCGUUUUUCCAUCUUUUUGGGAAGUAAGCUAAAAAAAUUUUAACCAGGAGUCUCAAGGCAACAUCGGGAAGAUUUUUAAUAAGAAUAUUAAAGAUUCCAUCAUUACUAGGAGCCUUCAUGUUUUCAAGUUUCAUAAUGAUUGACUUAAUCUCAUCAAAAUUCGUCUCAAUAAUGUCAUUUAGUAAUAAUACUUGAGUUAAAAUAUGAUCAUAUUUCAGUGAGACUUUAUUCUCAAUAGGACUCACAACGUUCAAAUUAAAAUUGUGGACACUUUCGAACUGCUGAGCAAGUUUUGAGCUUUUACCCUUGGCAUCUUAGAGCUUAAGCAGUGUGCCUUAAUAUUAUAUUAUAUUAUUGAAUAAAAAAAAAAAAAAAAAAGUUUUGAGCUUUUUCGUCAUUUGUAAGAAGUAUUUGAUUUCCUUCGUUGAGAGCAGGAAUUGGUUUCUGAGGUUUCUUAAGAACAUUAGAAAGUUCCCAAAAAGGGUUAGAAUAAGGUUUAAUUUGUCCAUCUUCUUUAGCGAAAUUUUCAUUUCGCAAAAGAGUAAAUCUGUGUUUAAUUUUUUUUUGUAAAUCCCUAACUAUGUUUUUCAUAGCAGGAUCACGAGAACGUUGAUAUUGUCGUCGACGAAUAGUCUUCAACCGAAUGAGCAGUUGAAGAUUGUCAUCGAUGAUAGGAGAAUUUAAUUUAGUUUGAGCUUUGGGAACUGAAAGAUUUCUAGCCCUACGUUGACUAUGAGUAUUGUUGAAAGAGCGCAUUAUUCUGUGAAAUUUAAAAUUGUUCUUAUUUUUUUUAUUUUGAGGUACGUAAAAAGUGUCCGAAGACUGACUCAGGGAAGUAUGGAAAAAUUGCGGCAAAGUUAGUAUUCGUGGAUGCGAGCUACACUGUAUAAAGACUGUACAAGAAAAAAAAUGAACACCGAAAAUCCAUUUUAAGUCGUAUAUUUUUGAAAUUUCUCGGGAAUAAACACCUUUUUAGCUUGUGCAAAGUUGUUGGUUUAUUCAACUAGGUUGUUGUUCAGGGUUGGUUUAUUCAAUCUUUUCUCCUAGGUAAAAUACCUGUAUCUUGGACUUAACUUACUCUUACUCUUACUCUUUCAGUCGUAGACCACGCGGGUCUCUGCUGUAUACAGGAGGCGUUUCCAUUCAACUCGGUUCAUGGUUGUUCGCAGCCAGCCUCGGUAGCUGCGACUGGUGCAGUUCAUGGUUCAUUCGCCUUCUCCACGUACCGUCUUCCAUCCGAACUCCGCCGAAGAUGGUUCGCAACACCUUCUGUUCAAAAACACCUAGUGCGCGUCGAUCCUCCGCAAGCAUUGUCCAGGACUCGUGCCCGUAGAGAAUAACCGGUCUAAUCAGCGUUUUGUAGAUAGUUAACUUCGUACGACGACGAAUUUUGCUCGAUCGAAGCGUCCUGCGCAGUCCAAAGUAAGCACGAUUUCCUGACAAUAUUCGUCUCUGAAUUUCUCUACUGGUGUCACUAUCGGCAGUCGCCAGUGAGCCCAAGUACACGAACUCGUCGAUCAUUUCGAUUUCAUCACCACCAAUCAGAACUCGUGAUGGGUGGCUGACGUUAUCUUCUCUCGAGCCCCUUCCUUUCAUGUACUUUGUCUGUGACACAGUGAUGUCUAGUCCGAUCCGCUUGGCCUCAGCUUUUAGUCCGAUGUACGUAUCUUCCAUCUUAUCAAAGUUGCGUGCUAUAAUAUCAAUAUCAUCAGCGAAACCAAGUAGCUGGACGGACUUUCUGAAAAUCGUGCCACUCGUGUCUAUCCUCGCUCUUCUUAUCACACCCUCCAAAGCAAUGUUGAAUAGCAGACACGAAAGGCCUUGCCGUAGCCCUCUGCGAGUUUCGAAGGGACUCGAGUUUAUCCCCGAUACUCGAACAACGCACAUCACUUGAUCCAUCGUAGCCUUGACCAAUCGUAUCAGUUUGUCCGGGAAUCCGUAGUCGUGCAUGAUUUUCCAUAGCUGAUUUCGAUCGAUUGUGUCGUAGGCUGAUUUGAAAUCGAUGAAUAAGUGACAUAUUGUAUUCGCCCAUAAAUCCUGCCUGAUAACAGUUCGGCUGAAAAGUUCGUAUCGUUUAAUAGAAACACACAUUUUUUUGCCAAAAUUCGUUUUUAUUAUUCAACAUAAUUGCCAUCAGAGGCGAUACAGCGAUUAUAGCGAUCUUCCAACUUUUCGAUACCAUUUUUGUAGUACGAUUUGUCCUUUGCCUCAAAAUAGGCCUCAGUUUCAGCGAUUACCUCUUCAUUGCUUCUAAAUUUUUUACCAGCGAGCAUUCUCUUGAGGUCUGAGAACAGGUAAAAGUCAUUGGGGGCCAAAUCUGGAGAAUACGGUGGAUGAGGGAGCAAUUCGAAGCCCAAUUCGUUCAAUUUCAGCAUGGUUUUCAUCGACUUGUGACACGGUGCAUUUUCUUGAUGAAACAAAACUUUUUUCUUCUUCAAAUGAGGCCGUUUUUUUUGAAAUUUCGUCCUUCAAACGCUCUAAUAACGCUAUAUAAUAGUCACUGUUGAUGGUUUUUCCCUUUUCAAGGUAGUCGAUGAAAAUUAUACCAUGCGAAUCCCAAAAUACAGCCGCCAUAACCUUACCGGCCGAUUGUUGAGUCUGUUGAGUCGGUUCAUCGCGUGCAGUCCACUCAGCUGACUGUCGAUUGGACUCCGGAGUGAAGUGAUGGAGCCAUGUUUCGUCCAUUGUUAUAUAUCGACGACAAAUAUCGGUUUUAUUUCGAUAUAACAGCGAUAAACACUAUUCAGAAUCAUCAAUUCAAUGUUGUUUUUGAUCGAUUGUGAGCUCACGCGGCACCCAUUUUGCACAAAGCUUUCUCAUAUCCAAAUAUUCGUGAAUAAUAUGUCCAACACGUUCCUUUGAUAUCUCUAGGGUGUCAGCUAUCUCGAUCAACUUCACUUUACGGUCAUUGAAAAUCAUUUUGUGGAUUUUUUCACGUUUUCAUCGGUAACAGCCUCUUUUGGACGUCCACUGCGUUCAUCGUCUUCGGUGCUCAUAUGACCAGUACGAAAUUUUGCAAACCACUUACGAAUUGUUGCUUCGCCCGGUGCAGAGUCUGGAUAACACUCAUCAAGCCAUUUUUUGGUAUCGACGGCACUUUUUUUCAUCAAAAAGUAGUGUUUCAUCAACACACGAAAUUCCUUUUCUUCCAUUUUUUUUCACAAUAACAAAAGUAGCUUCACUCAAAAUGCAAUAUCUCACAAACUAAUAAUCAGGCAGCUGUCAAAUUUAUACACGUAUCUUUUGAAGGUUGAUACUAACUGAAAAUGGUAUGGAUUUAAUUCUAGUGGCGCCCUCUCAUAGAAACGAUACGAACUUUUCAGCCGAUCUGUUAUUGUCCCACGAAUUCGUUUGCAAUCGGUGACAGUCGACGGCAUAAGAUUUGGGAGAGUACCUUGUAGGCGGCGUUCAGCAGAGUUAUGCCGCGGUAAUUGCAGCAAUCCAGCUUGUCGCCCUUUUUGUAGAUGGGACACACGAUUCUUUCCAUCGCUUCCUCCAGUAAAAUCUCGUCCUCCCAGAUCUUGGUAACGACCCAGUGCAGUGCUUUCACUAGUGCAUUACCACCGUGUUUUAGUAGCUCGCUUGGUAGUUGGUCAACGCCAGCGGCCUUAUUAUUUUUCAACCGGUUUACACCUCCUCCACUUCUUGGAGGUCUGGGACCGGUAGUCUACCGUCCUCCGCACGGGUUCCCAAGUUCGUUACCGCGCCGCCACUUUCGUAUUCCGCCACAUCGUCAUUGAGGUGCUCGUCGAAAUACUGCUGCCACCGCUCGAUCACCUCACAGUCGUUCGUGAGAAGAUCCCCGUUGGUGUCCUUGCACAUAUCGGCCUGUGGCACAUGGCCUCUGCGCGAACCGUUCACCUUCUCGUAGAACUUCCUUGUGUCAUUAGCUCGGAACAGCUGUUCCAUCGCUUCGCGAUCUCGGUCUUCCUCUUGACACUUUUUUCUACGGGAUACCGAGUUUAGUCUGUUCCGCGCCUGUCUGUAUCGCUCCUCGUUUGCUCUCGUCCGGUGUUGCAGCUUGCUCGCACAAGCUGCAUUCUUCUCGGCCACUAACUGUUUACAUUACAGUCGUUCCUUACGUUCGGAGACGUCAUACCUAGCGUUGCUGAUGCAGUGCUACCUAUGGCAGAACGGAUGUCUCUCCAGCCAUCUUCAAGAGUAGCUGCACCAAGCUGCUCUUCCGUUGGUAGUGCUACUGCCAACUGCUGCGCGUAAUCUUGAGCUACUCCAGCAUCCCGGAGCCGCGCGAUGUUAAACCGCGACGUUCGGUUUCGACGUUGGAUAGCCACCGUCGAAAGUUUUGAGCGCAUGCAUACAGCAACCAAGUAGUGGUCCGAAUCUAUAUUCGCACUGCGGUAGGUGCGAACAUUGUUGAUGUCCGAGAAAAAUUUUCCGUCGAUCAAAACGUGGUCGAUUUGGUUUUCGGUCUGUUAGUCAGGUGAUCUCCAGGUAGCUUCUGACUACCAUUCCUCGAGAGGCCGCAAAGUUGACACAUCGUUGGCCGUUGAUAUUCAAUGCGGCAUGCAGGCUGUUCGGCUCAAUUACUGGUCGGUACAUUGCCUCCCUUUCUACCUGGGCAUUCAUGUCACCGAUGACAAUGUUUACGUCUCUACGUGGGCAGCCGUCAUAGUCUUGUUCCAGCUGCACGUAGAACGCUUCUUUCUCGUCAUCGGGUCUCCCUUCGUGUGGGCAGUGCACGUUAAUGAUGCUGUAAUUGGAAAAACGGCCUUUAAUUCUCAACUUACACAUCCUAGCGUUGAUCGGCUGUCACCCAAUCACUCGCUGACGCAUCUUGCCCAGCACUAUAAAGCCAGUUCCCAGCUCGUUCGUUGUGUCACUGCUUUGGUAGAAGGUAGCCGCUCGAUUGCCGGCUUUUCCACACCUUCUGUCCCGUCCAACAAAGCUCAUGCAGCGCUACGACGUCGAAGCUGCGAGUAUUUAGUUCGUCGUAUAUUAUCCUGUCGCAGCCUGCAAAACCUAGCGACUUGCAGUUCCAUGUUCCAAGUUUCCAAUCGUAGUCCUUAUUUCGUCGCGUGGGUCUAUGCCGAUUGUUCCGGGUCGUAUUCUCUCCUGUAUUAUUUGUAAUGAUUAUUUUACGCGCGGCUUAUUAGGCCUACGCCAACCCCCUGUCUCGCCGGAGGAUCAUCGUAAAUAAGACUAAACGACGUAAAGUGCCGCUUUUGAGUUCAGUGCGACCGCGAUAUUUUCGGCAUGCUGCGUUCACCUAACUGAGCGUUAAUUUCAAAAAGGCGACGCGACGGUGUAUUUCGCUGGAACAAAAUUUACUCAACCGAAUUGAUGGAUUAUUCUGAUAUCGGGUUGCCAUAAACUUAUUUGCUUGUAUGCAAAUUCUUAUUUUGACAUUCAUUUAUUGUUUUCUUAUCGAUGUUUAGUUGGGUAUUGCUAGAAGUUAAAUAAUACCAUAUAUGUUUCCGUUCUGUGGUUAGGGUCUCUGGUACACGAUAAUAAAUAGUUAUGAUUCAUAUGGUUUCAUUAUACUUUUGCCACUAUAAACCUAUGUAUUGUUAAAACUAAUUUGCCAAACAUAAACAUAACCAUUUCGUAAUGCAGGAUUAAGUAUAGUACUAGUUAAUAAGGAUAAGCUGCUUAUGUUUCUAUAUUUAUCCAACAUUGUUGGCAAAGUGACGAGUGUAGCGAGUAUUACAUUAAAUCAGACGCACUAGAAUUGUUAUACACGAACGAGUUUAGCAGAGCGAGUGAGUUUAGUUUCUCCGUAGUUGAAAUGAUCAUUCGAUUGUCGAGUAAUUUCCAAUGCACAUUCAACAAUUGCUAUUGACUAGCAUUUUCGUUAACUGAGUCAGUAAAUAUGAGGGCAACUCUUCCGUUUAUUAAUAGUACUAAGUAAAAUUUUUGCGGUCGUUUGAAUGACGUCUGAUGAGUAUAAUUGACGAAUGGCGGCACGAUAAGCUUAAAUAUAGGGAUCGACAUGUAACUAUUUA